ACGAAAGGAGGGUAUAAAUCCAAUCCAUAAAUCACCAUCGUUAAUUGCAAAGUCCCUUCAGCUUCAAACUCCACACCUUUCAAAACUCACUCCUUGAACGUCGCCAUUUCCAUCGUCCCCGGUCGCUUCUCAGCUCCAGCAGUUCUAGUUGUUUUCUCCUUACCUUAAAUCCUUUCUGGAAUUGUUAAUUUGCCCAAAUCUAUGGUGCCAAAUAGUUUAAGUCAACCUUCGGAGCUUGAAAAAUCCUAGUGAAAAAGGUUCCCGUUGUUUCGGCAGAGUUAAGAAGUGGUAUAUGAAGCCGGUAACCUUGUUUUAAGUUUCUAUGCUUUCAUCGGUUCUGGUUGUGUUGAUGAACUUAGAUGGGUGUUCCCCCUUUGGGGCUGCUGCCUGAAAAUCAAAUCGACACUUUUCCAUUGUUAAUGGAGCAACCAAAUGAAUUUAGUGGGCAUGUUAUUGACAUACCUAGGAGUGGUGAUGCUUCUUCAUCAAACUUAUCGUCUGCAACAACUUCAAAUGGGAUGGAUGUUUUGCAGCAUGCAGACAGACCUUCUACUAGUUCAAGAGCACUAGUUUCACAGCCUUCCCAACCUUCAAUAUUUUCUUCAAAUGGUACAAACUCGAGAACCUCAUCUACCGUAAGGAGAGGGGAUGCCCGUCGGAGGAGGAAUCCGUUAAACUCUGUUUUGUGGAUUUCUGUUGAACUGAUUCUUACAGUGAGCCAGUUUGUAGCAUCUAUUGUUGUCUUGUCUUUGUCACGGAAUGAGCAUCCUCGUACACCAUUGUUUGCAUGGAUUGUAGGUUAUUCAUCUGGAUGUGUCGCAACCCUUCCUCUUCUUUACUGGCGUUAUCGUCAUCGUAACCAGGCUUCUGAGCAAGACUCGGCUCAAAAUCGCCACUCUUCACAUAAUAAUGCCCCUACCAGAUGCUUUUCUCCAUCUGUUUCAAGGACUUCUGAUGGGGAUGAUCAUCGUACCCCAACUACGUCUUCUAGAGGCGGUCAAAACAUGGGAGUUGUAAAUGCCAGAAUUAAAACACUAGUGGAAUACUUCAAAAUGGUUCUAGAUUGCUUCUUUGCUGUUUGGUUUGUGGUUGGCAAUGUCUGGAUCUUUGGUGGGCAUUCAUCUGCCAGUGAAACUCCUAACAUGUACAGGUUGUGUAUAGUUUUUCUUACGAUUAGUUGUAUCGGAUAUGCAAUACCCUUCAUUCUAUGUGCUACUAUCUGCUGUUGCCUACCUUGUAUUAUUUCUGUCCUUGGAUUUAGAGAGGAUCUAUCACAAGCAAGAGGAGCUACACCUGAAUCCAUAGAGGCUUUACCAACUUAUAAGUUUCAGGUGAAGAAGAAUAGAAACAGUGAUGGUAAGGAAAUCAACUCAGGUGCCACUGAGGGCGGUGUCAUGGCUGCAGGAACGGAAAGGGAGCGUGCCAUCUCUGGAGAAGAUGCAGUUUGCUGCAUUUGUUUGGCGAAAUAUGUAAACAAUGAUGAGCUGAGGGAGCUGCCAUGUUCUCACUUCAUGCACAAGGAAUGUGUGGACAAAUGGCUCAAGAUCAAUGCGUCGUGUCCUCUUUGCAAGAAUGAGGUUGGGGAGAACGUGUUGGACUCGAUGUCGGGGAUGAGCACCACCAGCAUCUUGAGCUCACUUUCUGGAGCACGUGGUAACCAUCGACGAGCUGCAUACAGUUUGAUGGUCUUUCUUCUUAUGUGUUGGGUGGUCGUCCCUUCCAUUCUUUAUGGUUGUCUUACGGGGUGAGACGCGGGAAUGAGAUGUUGCAUGUUGUACUCACCGGACUGUGAUUGACAGACACGGCAAUUGUAAUUUCAUCACUCACCAUUCCUAUGUCAUUGUACCACAUUAGCCACGUGUCAGAAUGGAUUUGAUUUACUA